UUUAUCCUGUGGGAACAGAAGGCUCAAGACCUGCUUGGUUGCAUGAGUAACAAGCUAUGAAUUCUGUAUCUCUGCGUGUAGCACUAAAUGAUGGUCACUUCAUCCCUGCACUGGGGUUUGGAACCACUGUGCCUCAUGAGGUUCCUAAGGAUGAAGUUAUCAAGGCUACUAAAAUAGCUAUAGAUACUGGGUUCCGCCAUUUUGACUCUGCUUAUUUGUACGAAAUAGAAGAGGAAGUGGGCCAGGCCAUAAGAAGCAAAAUUGAAGAUGGCACUGUGAAGAGAGAAGAUAUAUUCUAUACUUCAAAGCUUUGGAGCACUUUCCAUCGACCUGAAUUGGUCCGAUCUUGCUUGGAAAAGACACUAAAGAACGCUCAAUUGGAUUAUGUUGAUCUUUACAUUAUUCAUUUCCCAAUGGCUUUGCAGCCUGGAGAUAAAUCAUUUCCACGAGAUGAACAUGGUAAUCUGUUGGCUGAAUCAGUGGACCUCUGUGACACAUGGGAGGCCAUGGAGAAGUGUAAGGAUGCAGGGCUGGCCAAGUCCAUCGGGGUGUCCAACUUUAACCGUAGACAGCUGGAGAUGAUCCUGAACAAGCCGGGGCUCAAGUACAAACCUGUGUGCAACCAGGUAGAAUGUCAUCUUUAUCUCAACCAGAGCAAAAUGCUGGAUUAUUGUAAGUCAAAAGACAUCAUCCUGGUUUCCUACUGCACAUUGGGAAGUUCACGAGACAAAAUCUGGGUGGAUCAGAAAAGUCCAGUUCUCUUAGAUGAUCCAGUUCUUUGUGCCAUGGCAAAGAAGUACAAGCAAACACCAGCACUGAUUGCCCUUCGUUACCAGCUGCAGCGUGGGGUUGUGGCCCUGACCAGGAGCUUCAAUGAGAAGCGGAUCAAAGAGUUCAUGCAGGUUUUUGAAUUCCAUUUGGCUUCAGAGGACAUGAAAGUCCUGGAUGGCUUGAACAGAAAUUUAAGAUACAAUACUGCAAAUUAUUUUGAGGGACAUCCGGAUCAUCCAUUUACUGAUGAAUAUUAACAUGGUGGCCUUCAUUAGCAUUUCUAUCAGAAGAUCUGUCUAUGUAUUAUGAUAUGAGAGAUGUCUUGGAUACUGGUGACUGAACAUAUCCCUUCUCAUCAGACCACUGUAUGUGUUAAUUCAGAGUCAGCUGGAGCAAAGUCCACAGAGACCUAUUUUUGUCACACUCUGAAAUGGAACAUCAAGUUGCUUUUUCUAGUCUUGUGUUUUUAAAGAUCCAUUCAUUUCAUUUUACAUAUGAAUGUUUUACCUACAUGUACGUAAACCUUAUGAAUGUCUAUGUCCAUGCAGGGAAGAAGUUCGUAUUUGAGGCAUUUAUUAAUGAAAUAUAUAAAUCCAACUGUAUCCUACAUAAUAAAAACUUUUGAGACAGUUUCCCAUUAUAUUCCCCUGAGUGAUGUGGCACUUGCUAUGUAGACCAGAAUGUUCUGUAAUUCACAGAAAUUCACCCAGAGAUCCCUGUCUCUAGAAUGCUCAGAUUAAAGGCAUAAGCUACUAAUAUAUAUCUAUUUGAUGGCUCUUAGAGAUAAGGGAAAAAUUAUAA